GUAAAGACAAACCACGGCAAGAGGAGACAAACCUCUCUCUCACGACUUGUUUAACGACACAAGACUCGUUACUUUACACUCUUUGUUGUCUUUUAAGCCUUUUGAAAGUCCUUUUCAAUGGACGACGAAGAAGUUGCGAUGAAAGCUGCAGAAAGACGGGAACGCCAAUCAGGUAACAAAGGUCCAAGCAGUGCUUUACAUGAUGCGGAAGCCUUGGACGAUGGAGACUCUGAUAUUGGCUUCUGUGGCUGGCUGCUGGUGGGAAUGUCUCUUCUCCUCAUGGUGGUCACACUGCCAAUCUCCAUUUGGAUGUGCAUUAAGAUCGUGAAGGAGUAUGAGCGAGCCAUUAUUUUCCGUCUGGGACGCCUUUUGCGAGGAGGAGCCAAAGGACCAGGUUUGUUCUUCAUCUUGCCGUGCACCGACAGCUUCAUUAACGUGGACAUGCGCACCAUCACUUUCGACAUCCCACCCCAAGAGGUAUUGACCAAAGACUCGGUGACCGUGAGCGUGGAUGGCGUGGUGUAUUACCGGGUCCAGAAUGCCACUCUGGCCGUGGCCAACAUCACCAACGCAGAUGCUGCCACUCGCCUGUUGGCCCAAACCACGCUGAGGAAUGUCCUCGGCACCAAGAACCUGGCGGAGAUCCUGUCUGACCGUGAAGAAAUUGCACACAGCAUGCAGUCCACUCUCGACGACGCCACUGACGACUGGGGCAUCAAGGUGGAGCGGGUGGAGAUCAAGGACGUCAAACUGCCCCUGCAGCUCCAGAGAGCCAUGGCGGCCGAGGCCGAGGCCACACGGGAGGCCCGGGCCAAGGUCAUCGCCGCCGAGGGCGAGAUGAACGCCUCCAGGGCGCUGAAGGAGGCGUCGCUGGUGAUCGCCGAGUCUCCGUCCGCCUUGCAGCUGCGCUACCUGCAGACCCUCAACACCAUCGCGGCCGAGAAGAACUCCACCAUCAUCUUCCCGUUGCCCCUGGAGAUGAUGCAGGGCUUCAUCAAACACUGAGCAUCACAAGUAAAACACACUUCUUCUUCUUCUUCAGUUUGCACACACAUGAAAGUGCCUGCCAGACAUCAACACUCAGUUAUUUCCUGCUGACAUCACUGCCCACAUCAGCUUCUUUAUGGGCCUGCUGCCAUGCCGGGAGCAGUGAAUGGGCGCCACUCAAGCAGCCCAUAUAGUUAUUAUUGAUCAUACUUUAUUACUUUUAUUUGUAGUAUUUUAUAGACGAACCCCCCACAUAUGUUAUACCGUCGGAAACCAUGGCAACACUUUAGCUGGCUUGCAUGCUAGCAUUAUAGAGCUAGCUUGUUGCUACCGUUCACUUUACCUGGUAUGUGACUCUUCCUAACUGUUUGCACGCUGAUGUUAGCAUGCUAAAAUUCACGUGCUACCUUUUUCGACAAUUUUUCCACUUUUUGCUGUAAUUUCCCAGCUGUAAGCCUUCCAAUCAUAUACCUUGGUAUGUGACACAAGCUAACUGUUAUCAUGCUCACGUUAGCUUGCUAACAUUAGCAUGCUAAAAUUCACGUGCUAACUUUUUUGACAAUGUGUCCAAUUUUUGCUGUAAUUUCCCAGCUAUACGCCUUAAAGUUAUAUACCUUGGUAUGUGACACAAGCUAACUGUUAUGAUGCUCACGUUAGCUUGCUAACAUUAGCAUGCUAAAAUUCACGUGCUAACUUUUUCGACAAUUUUUCCACUUUUUGCUGUAAUUUCCCAGCUAUACGCCUUAAAGUCAUAUACCUUGGUAUGUGACACAAGCUAACUGUUAUGAUGCUCACGUUAGCUUGCUAACAUUAGCAUGCUAAAAUUCACGUGCUAACUUUUUCGACAAUUUUUCCACUUUUUGCUGUAAUUUCCCAGCUAUACGCCUUCCAGUCAUAUACCUUGGUAUGUGACACAAGCUAACUGUUAUGAUGCUCACGUUAGCUGGCUAACAUUAGCAUGCUAAAAUUCACGUGCUAACUUUUUCGACAAUUUUUCCACUUUUUGCUGUAAUUUCCCAGCUAUACGCCUUCCAGUCAUAUACCUUGGUAUGUGACACAAGCUAACUAUUAUCAUGCUCAGGUUAGCUUGCUAGCAUGCUAAACAUUGAAAUUAGCAUGCCAACUUUCGCACGCUAACUUUCUUUUCGCUACUUUGCUACUUGUUAAUUUUCCUGAAGGAACUCUCCUGAAGGAAUAAAGUACUAUCUAUCCAUCUAUCUAUUUAUCUAUCUAUCUAUCCCUAGCAUUUGGCCCAGAGUUCUAUAACUUGGUAUGUGACUCUUCUUAACUGUUUGCACGCUAACGUUAGCACGUGAAUUUUAGCAUGCUAACGUUUUAGAGAAUUUUUCCACUUUUUGCUCUUAUGUCCCAGCUAUACACCUUACAGUCAUAUACCUUGGUAUGUGACACACGCUAGCUAUUGUCAUGCUCAUGUUAGCUUGCUAGACGGCUAAUAUUAGCAUGCUAAGUUUUUUUUCGCUACUUCUGCUACCGUUUGGCCCAGAGUUCUAUAAGUUGGUAUGUGACUCUUCUUAACUGUUUGCAUGCUAACAUUAGCAUGCUAAAAUUCAAAUGCUAACUUUUUCAACUAUUUUUCCACUUUUUGCUGUAAUUUCCCAGCUAUACACCUUACAGUCAUAUACCUUGGUUAUGUGACAAAAGCUAGCUAUUAUCAUGCUCACGUUAGCUUUCUAGCAUGCUAAACAUUGAAGUUAGCAUGCUAACUUUUUUUUGCUCCUUUCCUUAGCGUUUGGCCCGGAGUUAUAUAACUUGGCAUGUGACACUUCUCCACCAUCAGCAUGCAAACAAUAGCAUGCUAGCAAGCUAACUUAGCCUCGCUACUUUUUAAUCCAUUUUUACACCUUUUUUUUUUUCACAUAUCCGCAGCCAUGCAUCGUUGAGCCGUACAACGCUGACUGUUAUUACGCUAACGUUAGCACACACGCUAAGUGUUAGCAUUUUUAUGCAAACAUGCUACUGUUUUGGGCUAGCUCCUUGGCUGGUUAUGCACAGUUACACGGAUUCAGACCCUCGGCAACAUCUUAUAACUGCGGCACAGAGAGCAGGCCCAUCAAAAUUUUCCCGCUGAUUUUCUAGUUUUAGUCUACUUUCUCACUUUUAACAAAAACACUAUACCAAAUUCCUCCUGUCACAGCCAUGUGGCGUCACUUUCUCAGAGUGGUGACACUUUGAGCAAGGCACUAAACUAACACUAUUGCUUUGAGCUCAUUUACUGUUGCUGGGUAGACUCGGGAUUUGAUUGUUCACUUCCUCUGGUGUCUAUUUACUAUGUGCGGUAUAUUGUUUGGAGCCUUGUUAUUGCUCCUUGUAGCAAGUGAUGGACUUAAUGUGCGUACUAACCUGCAUGAGUGCUGCAUCACAUGGAGAGUUCAAUUCCUGUAACACUUAAAGAUGCGUAUAUUUAUCAUAUUUGUGUAUGCUACUAACACGAAGCCACUAUAUUGUAGAUCAGGGGUCACCAACAUUUUUGAAACCAAGAGCUACUUCUUGGAUACUAAAUAAUGCGAAAGGCUACCAGUUUGAUACACACUUAAAUAAAUUGCCAGAAAUAGCCAAUUUGCUCAAUUUAACUUUAAUAAAUAAAUCUAUAAAUAUAAAAAAUUGGGUAUUUCUGUCCGUCAUUCCGUCGUACAUUUUUUUUCCUUUUACGGAAAGUUUUUUGUAGAGAAUAAAUGAUGAAAAAAACUUAAUUGAACGGUUUAAAAGAGGAGAAAACAGGAAAAAAAUAAAAAUUCAAUUUUGAAACAUAGUUUAUCUUCAAUUUCAAACUUUAAAAUUCAAAAUUCAACCAAAAAAAAAGAGAAAAACUAGCUAAAUCGAAUCUUUUUGAAAAAAAAAAAAAUUAUUGAACAUCAUUAGUAAUUUUUCCUGAUUAAGAUUAAUUUUAGAAUUUUGAUGACAUGUUUUAAGUAGGUUAAAAUCCAAUCUGCACUUUGUUAGAAUAUAUAACAAAUUGGACCAAGCUAUAUUUCUAACAAAGACAAAUCCUUAUUUCUCCUAGAUUUUCCAGAACAAAAAUUUUAAAAGAAAUUCCAAAGACUUUAAAAUAAGAUUUAAAUUUGAUUCUACAGAUUUUCUAGAUUUGCCAGAAUAUUUUUUUUUUUAUUUUAAUCAUAAUAAGUUUGAAGAAAUAUUUCCAAAAUAUUAAUUGUUGAAAAACAUAAUUUAAAAUGAAGAAUUAAAAUGUAUUUAUUAUUCUUUACAAUAAAAAAACUAAAUUUAUUUGAAAAUUAAUUUAAAUUGUCAGGAAAGAAGAGGAAGGAAUUUAAAAGGUAAAAAGGUAUAUGUGUUUAAAAAUCCUAAAAUCAUUUUUAAGGUUGUAUUUUUUCUCUAAAAUUGUCUUUCUGAAAGUUAUAAGAAGCAAAGUAAAAAAAUAAAUGAAUUUAUUCAAACAAGUGAAGACCAAGUCUUUCAAAUAUUUUCUUGGAUUUUCUAACUCUAUUUGAGUUUUGUCUCUCUUAGAAUUAAAAAUGUCGAGCAAAGCAAGACCAGCUUGCGAGUAAAUAAACACAAUUUCAAAAAAUUGAUGCAGCUCACUGGUAAGUGCUGCUAUUUGAGCUAUUUUUAGAACAAGCCAGCGGGCGACUCAUCUGGUCCUUACGGGCGACCUGGUGCCCGCGGGCACUGCGUUGGUGACCCCUGUGGUAGAGUAUAUUGUAUGUGAUGGACUAAAGUUGUAUUGCAGCAAACAAAGCCUUAACUCACUGGUACUAGUACUAGUACUGGUACUGGUACUUUUCUAUAAACGCAGCCUCGGGAUUUUUGUAUUUAUUUAGCAACCAUUUAGACCAGGGGUAGGGAACCUGUGGCUCUAGAGCCAGAUGUGGCUCUAGAGCCAGAUGUGGCUCUUUUGAUGACUGCAUCUGGCUCUCAGAUUAAUCUUAGAUGACAUUGCUUAACACAAUAAAUAAUGAAUAAUUCCCCUGGUAAUCAGUGUUAAAAAUAACGUUCAAAAUAUAAAAAAAUUCUAAUGCAUUUUUAUCCAUCCAUCCGUUUCCUACCGCACCUUUUCAAGAAGUCAAGAAUGGUAAGAAGUAUUUUUUUCAUUAUUAGUUAGCUUCAGAAUAAAAAUGUUAUUAAAAAGAAUAACAGACGUGUUGGUUUUACAUAAAAAUGCACACAUUUAGUUGUAUUCAGUGUUAAAAAAAAUAUGAUAUGGCUCUCACAGAAAUAAAUUUUAAAAUAUUUGUCUUCCAUGGCUCUCUCAGCCAAAAAGGUUCCCGACCCCUGAUUUAGACGCACUUCCUGUCAGGGGUGAAAAAUAACAAGGCAAAUAGUCUCUGAAUUAUAAUCUCUCGCUGUUUUUUGUACUGAGAACUUAAGCUGUUACAGUGAGAUUCUAACUUAGUACUUAGUACUUAGUACCUAGUACUCAUUUGGUAUGCAGUCGUCCCUCGUUUAACGCUGGGAACUGGUUUCAGGCCAAGUUUGGACACACCUUCUCAUUCAAUGUCGUUAUUUUCAUGACUAUUUACAUUGUAAAUCAUGGUGUCAAACUCUGGCCCGCCGUGUAAUUUAAUUUGGCCCUUGAGGCAAUAUCAAAUUAACUAAUGUUAAUUUUACCGGUCUCGGAAUAUCCCUAAAAAAAAAAAGCUUUAAAGUGCUUGAUUUUCGCUAUUUGCGAUGCGACUAUCCAUUUCCCUGUGACGUCACACAGUGCUGCCAAUGUAAACAAACAAUGGCGAAUACCACAGCAGGAUAUAGCGACAUUAGCUCGGAUUCAGACUCUUGGAUUUCAGCAACAUAAGCGAUUCAACAGAUUACGCAUGUAUUGAAACGGAUGGUUGGCGUAUGAAAAUACUGAAGAAGAAACUGAAGCUAUUGACGCUAUUCAUAGCCAUAGCAUGGCCGAAUAGCUGCGUUAGCAUCGCCGGUAAAAUGUGCGGACCAAACGAUCAGGACUUUCGCAUCUCGUGACACUGGAACAACUUCAAUCCGUCGAUUGGUAAGUGUUUGUUUCGCAUUAAAUGUGGGUGGAAGGAAACGUAAUAUAGUUGCAAAUGCAUCUGCAGGUUAUCCAUACAUCUCUGUGCCAUGUCUGCUUUAGCACCACCGGUAAAUAGCAUGUUAGCAUCGAUUAGCUGGCAGUCAACAUCAACAAAACUCACCUUUGUGAAUUCGUUGACUUUAUCGUUGCAAAUGCAUCUGCAGGUUAUCCAUACAUCUCUGUGCCAUGUCUGCUUUAGCACCGCCGGUAAAUAGCAUGUUAGCGUCGAUUAGCAUAGCAUGUUAGCAUCGAUUAGCUGGCAGUCAACAUCAACAAAACUCACCUUUGUGAUUUCGUUGACUUUAUCAUUGCAAAUGCAUCUGCCGGUUAUCCAUACAUCUCUGUGCCAUAUCUGCUUUAGCACCGCCGGUAAAUAGCAUGUUAGCGUCGAUUAGCGUUAGAGCUGGCCCGCCGCUGUAACACCACAUUCACCACUAAUACUCAUACUCGUCAACCCUCCCGAUUUUCCCGGGAGACUCCCGAAGUUCAGUGCCCCUCCCGAUUUCCACCCGGAUAAUAAUAUUGGGGGCAGGCCUUAAAUGCACGUCCGCUUUUCCUCCAUACAAACAGCGUGUCGGCCCACUCACGUAAUAUAUGCGGCUCAUACACACACACAAGUGAAUGCAAUGCAUACUUGGUCAAGAGCCAUACAGGUCACACUGAGGGUGGCCGUAUAAACAACUUUAACACUGUUACAAAUAUGCGCCACAUUGAGAACCCACACCAAACAAGAAUGACACAUUUCGGGAGAACAUCAGCACCGUAACACAACAUAAACACAACGGAACAAAUACCCAGAACGCAUUGCAGCACUAACUCUUCCGAGAUGCUCCAAUAUACACCCCCCACUAUCCCCAAACCCCGUCUACCUCAACCCCACCGCCGAAAAGAGGUCACACUGAGGGUGGCCGUGGAAACAACUUUAAAGGGGAACAUUAUCACCAGACCUAUGUAAGCGUCAAUAUAUACCUUGAUGGUGCAGAAAAAAGACCAUAUGUUUGUUUUAACCGAUUUCCGAACUCUAAAUGGGUGAAUUUGGCGAUCUAAACGCCUUUCAAUUGAUAGCCUGUCGGAGCGAUGACCUUUAACCCGUGACGUCACAACAGGAAGCAAUCCGCCAUUUUCUCAAACACAUUACACACACCAAGUCAAAUCAGCUCUGUUAUUUUCCGUUUUUUUCGACUGUUUUCCCGUACUUUGGAGACAUCACGCCUCGUUGUCGGAGGUUGUAACACAGGGGUGCCCAUUACGUCGAUUGCGAACUACCAGUCGACCGCGGGGGGUGUGUCAGUCCAUCUCCAGCCAGGCUUUUAAAAAAAUAGACCUAAAAAUUAGUGAUCAUCAAUCUUCAUCAAGACGUCACUUAAAUGACAUUCACGGUACCGGAGGGUCUUGUGAGAUGACGCUGGCUGCUGCAAGAUCAUUAUUAUGAAAAUAUGACAGAGAGGAAGGCAAGAAACACUUUUUAUUUCAACAGACUCUCGCGCCGUACCUUCCGUCAAAACUCUAAAGGCCGACUGCACAUUUCCUAUCUUCACAAUAAAAGCCCUGCUUCAUGCUGCCUGCGCUAACUAAAUACAGAGUCUCGGAAAACUGGCGUGCACAAGCGAUCCCUCAGAAAGCUGGCGUGCACAUCACUUGUGCACGCCAGCUUUGGAGUUGUAAUAUUUGUUAACAGGCGUUAACAAAGGCCAAGACUACCCAGUAUGGAUAUUUUUUUUUCUUUAUUUUGCCACUUGUACACUCGAAAUGCUGAAUUUAGGAGCAAAACAAAUGUAGAAUAUAUUAUUUUUAAUGCAGAAUGCUGUGAGCUGGCAGCAUUUGAGGUGCGGCCCGGCGAGGGACGACUGUAGUGUUUCACACGACCUUCAACUGUUAUGUUUGUCCAAUGAAGCUGUUACUUAAAAUGUACGUAAAUGAUCAGUGUUAUCUCACUCAGACAUGAUUAUUUGUAAAUACAAACCCUGUUUCCAUAUGAGUUGGGAAAUUGUGUUAGAUGUAAAUAUAAACAGAAUACAAUGAUUUGUAAAUCAUGUUCAAGCCAUAUUCAGUUGAAUAUGCUACAAAGACAACAUAUUUGAUGUUCAAACUGAUAAACAUUUUUUUGUUGUUGCAAAUAAUCAUUAACUUUGGAAUUUGAUGCCAGCAACACGUGACAAAGAAGUUGGGAAAGGUGGCAAUAAAUACGGAUAAAGCUGAAAAAUGCUCAUCAAACACUUAUUUGGAACAUCCCACAGGUGUGCAGGCUAAUUGGGAACAGGUGGGUGCCAUGAUUGGGUAUAAAAACAGCUUCCCACAAAAUGCUCAGUCUUUCACAAGAAAGGAUGUGGUGAGGUACACCCCUUUGUCCACAACUGCGUGAGCAAAUAGUCAAACAGUUUAAGAACAACGUUUCUCAAAGUGCAAUUGCAAGAAAUUUAGGGAUUUCAACAUCUACGCUCCAUAAUAUCAUCAAAAGGUUCAGAGAAUCUGGAGAAAUCACUCCACGUAAGCGGCAUGGCCGGAAACCAACAUUGAAUGACCGUGACCUUCGAUCCCUGUAUCAAAAACCGACAUCAAUCUCUAAAGGAUAUCACCACAUGGGCUCAGGAACAAGUCAGAAAACCACUGUCACUAAAUACAGUUGGUCGCUACAUCUGUAAGUGCAAGUUAAAGCUCUACUAUGCAAAGCGAAUCCCAUUUAUCAACAACAUCCAGAAACGCCGCCGGCUUCUCUGGGCCCGAGAUCAUCUAAGAUGGACUGAUGCAAAGUGGUCUGACGAGUCCACAUUUAAAAUUGUUUUUGGAAAUAUUCCACAUCGUGUCAUCCGGACUAAAGGGGAAGCGAACCAUCCAGACUGUUAUCGACGCAAAGUUGAAAAGCCAGCAUGUGUGAUGGUAUGGGGGUGUAUUAGUGCCCAAGGCAUGGGUAACUUACACAUCUGUGAAGGCACCAUUAAUGCUGAAAGGUACAUGCAGGUUUUGGAACAACAUAUGCUGCCAUCUAAGCGCCGGCUUUUUCAUGGACGCCCCUGCUUAUUUCAGCAAGCCACGUGUUACAACAGCGUGGUUUCGUAGUAAAAAAGUGUGGGUACUUUCCUGGCCCGCCUGCAGUUCAGACCUGUCUCCCAUGGAAAAUGUGUGGCACAUUAUGAAGCGUAAAAUACGACAGCGGAGACCCCAGACUAUUGAACGACUGAAGCUCUACAUAAAACAAGAAUGGGAAAGAAUUCCACUUUCAAAGCUUCAACAAUUAGUUUCCUCAGUUCCCAAACGUUUAUUGAGUGUUGUUAAAAGAAAAGGUGAUGUAACACAGUGGUGAACAUGUCCUUUCCCAACUACUUUGGCAUGUGUUGCAGCCAUGAAAUUGUAAGUUAAUUAUUAUUUGCCAAAAUAAAUCAAGUUUAUGAGUUUGAACAUCAAAUAUCUUGUUUUUGUAGCAUAUUCAACUGAAUUUUGGUUCAACAUUAUUUUCUAAUCAUUGUAGUCCGUUUAUAUUUACAUCUAAAAUAAUUUCCCAACUCAUUUUACCACAUUCAGUGGUAAAAUGUCAAAACUACUUAUUGAAAGCCAAAUACUUUUAUUGAGUACAAAUAAAUAUUAUUUUCAAGUGUGUUAUGUUUUUACUAUUUUUAAUUCCUCUGCUGAAACGACACUUCUGUUCUGUUCUGGUUUUAUCCUGAAACCAAAAUAAAGAUGCUGUCAAAUGA